CGGGGGCUUCUUUUCCCCCUUUGCCGGGCUAGACAGCCUUGGCUCCACGGAAAAGUACCAAAUCUAAAAAAUUGCGGAAAACAGGCCCAAAUUCUGAAAAAAAAAAAAAAAAAGUUGUUUCUGAGCGAACCGUCCAGCCCGCGGUGGUACGGUAUGACUUGAACAAUCGCUCCCCCUUCUUCCCUCUUCGAUCUUGCUCAGCGCAAGGUGGGUAGGAAGGUUGGGUAGUUCGCUGCUGCGGCGCUAGGAACGGAGUGCGGGUAGAAUCAGGCGGUCGCCAUGGCUCCUCCACAGAGCAAAGAGAAGAAGAUCGUGGACGCGAAGACGAAGGCGGUGAACGCCGCGAAAGCUUUGAAGAAGGUUGUGACGAAGAAGCAGCGGAAACGCCGGACGUCCGUCGUCUUUCAUCGUCCCAAAACUCUCAAGCGCGCAAGAAACCCUAAGUACCCUCUCCACUCCGCGCCUCGGCGCAAUCAUCUUGACCACUUCCAAGUGCUCAAGUACCCUCUCACGACUGAAUCGGCCAUGAAGAAAAUCGAAGACAACAACACGCUUGUGUUUAUUGUCGACGUGAGAGCCAACAAGAAAAUGAUUUCCGACGCUGUGAAGAGGAUGUACGAUAUCCAGUGCAAGAAAGUCAACACGCUUAUCCGGCCGGACGGACAGAAGAAGGCUUACGUGCGAUUAACGCCGGAUUACGAUGCGCUGGACAUCGCGAACAAGAUCGGUAUCAUCUAAAAAAUGAGAGAGAAUGGGAGAGCAAGAUGGGGGGAUAGGAAGGAGAUGCCUGCGAAAUCAGGGAUGCAAUCCACGAAGCUGGAGGCCGACGUGGGAGCUGAAGUUCUGUGUCGUUGAGAGCCUAAGUUUGGGUCGCAGAGAUACGCGCGUUCGUUCCGGCGGUGGGAGCAAGGGAGUCCGUUGCCCGCUACUGCCGCCAAUCCUGUAUCUGGCAAGCCAGCGACGUGUCCAGGGUAGUUUGGAAAUUGUAUUUAGGGUUUGGAGGAUGAAAGUGAAAGUGCUAGAUGCGGAUGGCAGUGUGUGAGAAAGACAGUCGGCUGUGCGAUCUACUCUGUUGCUGUGAUGAUUAGUGACAAGAACGUGAGAGGAUUGUCGAAAUCUUAAGCUGGACAUUCCUUUUUCGGGAACCUUAGUCCCGAUCCAUUGGUGGGUUUCCCAACGGUUUUUUAGGUGGAAAGGGUGGUUGCCUCGUUUCCAAAGAGCUUCUGGAUUCUUCGCGUACUGGCUCUCACUUCACGGACCUUCUCAGAGCAAUCUUUGCUGUAAUUCAUGUCUGGUAUGAAGACAUCAUGUGUCUUGUCUUUGCCCUCGAUUAAAUGUGCUGCGUUUUUUUGUCCAGGGUUUGAAUCCCUCUUUUUUACGCCAGUCGUUUGUGCUGUACGAUGUCAGUGUUAGGCCUGUAUUUGCCCCCCAAUCACAUGUAUCGACUUCACGGAUCUUCUCAGAGCAAUCUUUGAUGUAGUUCAUGAUCUGGUAUGUUGGCAUCAUGUCUCUUGUCAUGCCCUCAAUCAAAUGUGAUGCGCGGUUUUGUCGAGGGUUUGAAUCCCUCUUUUUCACGUCAGUCGUUUGUGCUGUACGAUGUCAUUGUUAUGCCUGUAUUUGCCCCCAAUCAAAUGUACUGGAUGCA